AUGACUUUGGCUCAUGGGUGUAGCAAUAGAUUUGUGCAAGAGUUUUUUAAUCAUUCGGGGGAAAAAAUUCAUAGGCAUUUCCAUACAGUUUUCGAAGCCGUGCUAAAACUGAGUGCCGACAUCAUCAAGCCAGUUGCAAACUAUAAUGAUGAUGUUCCUGAAUAUAUAUUAAAUAACCCUCGGUAUUAUCCAAUGUUCAAGGAUUGCAUUCGUGCUAUAGAUGGGACACAUGUUAGGGCAUCAGUUCCACAAAACGAGGAAGCGAAGGGACUGCACAUGACACAAGAAUUUUCAAUGAAGCCUUAUAGAGACCAGAUCUUAAUUUUCCAUAUCCAACGGGCGAUAAAUAUUACGUUGUUGAUGCCGGAUAUCCAAAUACUAGAGGCUAGGUGGGUGUUACUAAGAGACAUGCAUGUUAAUUACAAGUAUAAGAACCAAGUGAAAAUUGUGAUAGCAUCAUUGGCGAUCCAUAACUAUAUUAGAAAGGUUGGUAGGUUUGAUGAAGCGUUUAAUAGGGCACAACAAGAAUCCUACAAUCCCAUACGAGGUGAUACUAAUAGUGAAGUUUACGAAGAAGGUCCAAGUACACGUCGCACAAGUGAUGAUGAUUUAUAUAUGGCAGCGAUGCGAGAUAUUAUUGCACAAGAUAUAAUCACAUUGCGAAGACGAAUGUAA